AUCUCGGGCGUCCAGUAGACGACAGGGGUUAGGGGGGAGUGAGGAAAGGAUCUCGUAAUCCCUUGUGUAUCCCUCCGCGGUCGCCAUGGAAACGACCGGAACGCGGAACUACUUGCGGAAGUUCCUCCCGUUAAUCCCGUGUCGGUGGUGGUCAGACUCGCCGGUGGCGGGCGACACGAUUUUCUAACGGCGCCGCUGCUGAUCCGUGGUGCGAUUCCCGCGCGAUUUCGGCCGAGCUCCGUGGAAUCGCCGUGUGUCGCGCGAGGGUGGUGCCCAGGAAUCCAGCCGAGCGAUUUCGCGCCCGCUGUCGCCCGUCGACGCCGCGAGCCGACGUCGAUCGGCCCUUCGUUUAUAAGCCGUCCGUCGUCCACGGGACAGGAACACCCCGGGUUUCCCGAUGUUUAGCCGUGAUCGAGAUCAAGGCAGAGGCCGCCGUGGCGGUAUUGCCAAAAUAGGAACAAAUACCAUCAGGAGUGAUACUGAUAGUGGACGUGGUGUCAGCAGAUUUGGCACACCUAGUAGAGGAAGUAUCAAUAAUAUACGAGGUGGAUUAAAAGGGAAGCAACCCGGUGGUGGCCUAAAGAAAGUAAAUUGGGACCUUCGUACUUUGGAACCAUUACGUAAAGAUUUUUAUAUAGAGCAUCCUGCAGUUAGGAACAGAUCUAAUGAAGAGGUGAACCAAUUUCGAGAAAACGCGGAAAUAACUGUGAAGGGUGAAAAUGUUCCUAAUCCUAUACAGUAUUUCGAGGAGGGAAACUUUCCACCUUAUGUAAUGGAAGGUAUUCGUAGAGAAGGAUACUCACAGCCUACUCCAAUUCAAGCCCAAGGAUGGCCUAUUGCUCUUAGUGGCAGAGAUCUUGUUGCAAUCGCUCAAACUGGCUCUGGGAAGACACUUGGAUACAUUUUACCUGCAAUUGUGCAUAUUAUACAUCAACCACGUCUAAGCCUUGGUGAUGGUCCAAUUGCCUUGAUCUUAGCUCCAACCAGAGAAUUAGCUCAACAGAUUCAAGAAGUAGCCAACAGUUUCGGGGAGACUGCGGCUGUAAGAAACACAUGUAUCUUCGGUGGUGCUCCGAAAGGACCACAAGCGCACGAUUUGGAGAGAGGCAUUGAAAUAUGUAUCGCCACGCCAGGUAGACUUAUAGAUUUCUUAGAAAAAGGAACUACAAACUUAUGUAGGUGUACGUAUUUAGUACUUGAUGAAGCCGAUCGAAUGUUAGAUAUGGGAUUUGAACCACAGAUACGAAAAAUAAUUGAGCAGAUACGUCCUGAUAGACAAGUGCUAAUGUGGUCGGCAACGUGGCCUAAAGAAGUUCGCGCACUCGCGGAAGAUUUUUUGACGGAUUAUGUUCAUCUUAAUAUCGGUUCUCUGACACUGUCCGCCAAUCACAAUAUUACUCAGAUCAUCGAUGUUUGUCACGAAUAUGAGAAAGAUUCAAAGUUGUACAGAUUACUUCAAGAGAUCGGUACUGAAAAGGAGAACAAAACUAUCAUAUUUGUGGAAACCAAACGUAAAGUGGACGAUAUCACGAAAAAUAUUAGGCGUGAAGGGUGGCAAGCCGUGAGUAUUCACGGUGACAAAAAUCAACAGGAAAGAGAUCAUGUGUUGCAAGAGUUUCGCAGUGGAAAAGCACCAAUUUUAGUCGCAACUGAUGUAGCCGCUAGAGGCUUGGAUGUGGAUGAUGUGAAAUACGUAAUAAAUUUUGAUUAUCCAUCUUCGUCGGAGGACUAUAUACAUAGAAUCGGUCGAACUGGACGUAGACGACAGACCGGAACAGCAUAUGCGUUUUUCACGAGUCACAAUAUGAAGCAUGCCGGAGAUUUAAUAGAGGUUUUACGAGAGGCUGGACAAAAUGUCAAUCCGCGUCUUAGUGAAAUGGCGGAGAUGGCCAAAGCAGGAAACUUCAGCAAUCGAAGUGGAAAACGUUUUGGCAAUUCUGGCGGUAACACUGAACGAGGUAAUGGCCGAAGAAGCAAUAAUGAUGGAAGAGGAAGAGGCGGCGGUUCAAUAAGAGGAAGAGGUCCUUCUCGCAGUGGAAAUUCUUAUCAGUCUUCUUCGAAUGUUUAUUCGGGAUCAGAUUACAGCACUUAUAGUAAUAUGAAACAGAAUACGUCUUUAAGCCAAAACACGACAUAUGGAUAUAGUACGCAGAGAAGCUAUGGACAGGGAAGUAUGCCUCAAAAUUAUGGAGGUGGCGAUAACUAUGGAAGUGGUUAUCCAUACAGAAGCACAACUUAUUAAUUUCGUUUUUAUGAUUGAUAGCACGUAAUGAUUUAAUAAUGUAAAAUGUGUCACGUUUAGUUAUAGUGAGAUUUGACAGAAUGCAGAUCUCAUUAAAAUCUCAUUAAAAUUACAGGUAAAGAAAAAGACAUAUAUAGAAAACGAAUAUCGCAGAAAUAAUAAGUUGCAGCAUAAUAAAAAAAAAUACUAAUGUGAUAAUAUAUAUUAUAUUAUAUUAUCAAAUGAAGGUUGACUAAUAUUUGCAAAUCAACAAUUAUAAGUUCAUUUAAUGUAAUAUUUGUCCAUUUGUCAAAUUUAAUACAGUGAAUAAUUUCGAUACAAUUUUCAUGCAAUUGCAACUCUAAUUUUGCAAGUUAUUGUUUAAAAAAUAUUAGUCAGUAUUUAACAAAAGUGGAAGAAUGUAAAUUCUUAUGUAAUUAAGGUGCAAUCACUCAAAAGUUCAAUUUUUUUUUCUUUAAGCAAUUUAAAAUUUUCUAUCUAUUUACGGUAGCUAAGUAUU